CGGCGGGCGCGCGACUCGGCCGUACACUGCAGCCACCCACGCGCGUGCUCGCGCAUCUACCCGCACUCCGCACGUGCGGCAACAUAAAAGGCGGGAAAAUACAGGCAGUAUAGCGGUUUUAACAAAAAUCACUAUUAACUCGCCAAAACACUUCAAAAUUAAGUCACGAGUAUUUUCUGUACGAGAAAGUGAACUCAGUGCAUAUUAAGUGAUGUUUUCAAGUUUCAAAAAUGUUUAAAGUGGCUCCACUGCAAAAUAAUGAGGUUCCCCGUCUGAAGUGACGUUUGCGCAGCGCCGCCGGCGACCACGUCUAAAAGAUGAAGUUGUUCAAGAGGAGGCUGUCGUUCAGCGGAGAUAAACAGAAACGGGUUUCCCGCACAGACGACCCCUUUGAGCACGAGGACCGAGCCCGAUUCUCCGACACCAGCUGGCAGAUCCACCGGACCUGGCGGCGCGAGGACCCUCUCCCGCUGUCGCCUCCACCACUGCGGACCGCGGCAGCUACGUCAGCACCCGCUCCACAACUCCGCAAUGACCAGAAUGGCAUCUAUGACACUAUUACGACACGAGCCGUCAGCGCUCCUGCCACUCCCGCCGGGGCGUUAUUUGGAAGAGAUCAAACUGGCGCGCGGUCAGCGAGCUUCCCCGUCGGCGGCUCCGCGGGGCGGCUGGACCUGUGCUACGUGGCCGAGCGCAUGCUGGCGCUGCACCUGCCCGACCGCGACGCGCACGCCGAGGCGCAGGCCGCGCACAUGCUCACCAACAAGCACGGCGAACAUUUCAUGGUGUUUGAGGUGAGCUGUAGCGACGGCAGCGGAGCGGGGCGAGACGCGCGAGCGGCAUUCGGGCGCGCGCGAGCGCUAGGCUGGGCGGGGACGCUAGCGCCGCCGCUGGAGCGACUGUGCGCCGCUUGCAAGCACAUCGAGAGCUGGCUGGCCGCGCACCCGCGGAACGUAGCUGUACUACUCGCCUGGGGCAACCGAGAGCGACUGGGCGUGUUGGUAGCGGCGUAUAUGCACUACUCUGCUAUCUGCGGCGCACCCGAGCACGCACUGGACCGGUACGCCAUGCGGCGCUACCUCGACGACCGCGUGCCCGUCUUCCACCUGCCCUCCAACAAGAGGUAUAUAGACACAUUUGCCGGGCUGCUGGCGGGGCAGAUCCGCGUGAACGCGGCGCCGCUGCACCUGACGCACGUGAGCGUGGCCGGCGCGCUGGCCCCGGCCUCGGAGCCCACCAUCGCCUUCCUCAAGAUCUACGAGAACUUCGUCUGCGUCUAUACCUCGGGCUUGUACAUGGUGAGCGGCGGCGGGUGGACGGUGGGCGUGGGGCGGCUGGCGCUGCGCGGCGACGUGCUGGUGCGCGCGUACCGGCGGCCCGCGCAGGCGCAGCGGCGGCGGCUCGUGUUCGCCUGCCAGUUCCACACGUGCGCCGUCGCCGACCACACGCUCUCCUUCACCAAGCAGCAGCUCGACCACGCCGCGCACGACCCAUCGUUCCCGUCGGACGGCGCGGUGGAGCUGGUGUUCGCGCGCAGCGAGGGCGGCGGCGGCGCGGCGCCGGCGCCCACGCCCGCGGCCCCGCUGCGCGCCGCGCCCGACGCGCUCGCGCGCGCCGACUCGCUAGACCACCUGCGCCCGCUCUCCACCCUCACCGAUGAUGACCCUGGUGAAAACAACGGCAGCGCCGAAGGUUCCGGGUCGGGAGGCGAGGCCGGGGAGGGGGCUGAAGCGGCGCACACGUUCGGUCCCCUCGACGGGUCCAUCUACGCGACAGUGGUGCGCGCGGGCGGCGGGCCCGCGUCCCUGCUCAGCGCGUCCAUGGACUCGGGCAUCUCGUCGGCGGGGCGGCGCGCGGCGCCUAGCCCGCCCGACGAGCUCGACGCGCUGCUCGGGGACAUGCUGCGCACCGUCAGCGCGCUGCCCGACCCGCCCGGCGCGGGCGCGCAGCCUGCCGCCGCGCAAUCGCACUCCGACCGCGCGCCUGACAUACCGUAUCACGCGCGCGCCGACUCCGCUCCCUUCACCUACGGAGCGCCAGGCUUGCGGCCCGGCAUGCUGCGCGCUCCCAACCGCCUGGCCAGCCCCGAGCUGGUGCGGCGGGCUCUCGGCGGCGACCGCUCCUACCGACCCAUCGAAGACGACGACGACGAACGAGUCGCCACCCCUGAACCGCCGUCGCCUCAUACCCCUGUUUCUCCGCGCACCCUUCGUAAACUUACUCAUGAAGAUGUCACCACUACCAAGACUACAGCAGUACCACCGCCGGCCUCUCCUUUACGAAAUGGGAGGUGGUUGAACGGGGACGCGGAUUGGAUCGACCGACCUCCAAGUAACACUCGCAAGGCGAUUGAAGAAAAUGGAACGUGGCGAUCAGCAAGCACGUUGGGAUGGCAUGAAAGUUCAAGGGCGAGGGAACCGCGAAGGUCGGAGAGUGCCCUGGAAGGCAGCACCGGCCUUACGUGGUUGCAGCGGCAACAACAGAAACUUCGAGAAAGGAGAGAAGCCAGGGAGAGAGUCCAGCGGUUACCUCUUGAAUGGGAUGCCACCAGACAUGUUCGCCGCUCUGCCAGCCACCGAAUGGAUGGCUACACUAGCGACACAACAGCAUUUGCUGACGACGAUGACGACUUCAGUGUUCCCCUACACGUCAACACGUUACGAACUCCACUUAGGAACGAUAGUAUCAGUCCGCAAGCACCUGACAGAACCUCAUCUAGAAAAUUCAUGUUCGAAAAGAUGACGAUGCGCGAGUGGAGUGGCAGUACCACGCCCAUUACGCCUACCACCGCGCCUGGUCUUCUGUCCUUAGCGGAACCGGCCAGCAAUGACACUAUCAUUCGAGAGCGGACGGAGAGCUGGUCGCGGUCGGAGUCCCGCGCGGGCACGCCGCUGUUCCCCACGCACCCGCGCACGCCCUACCCGCCCACGCCCACGCCCUCGCUCAGCGCGCGCCCGCCGCGCUCGCCGCCCGUCACCAGAAAAGAGCGCGAAAGCAGCCCCGAAUCGGAGUAUCGGAUGUACAACGGCAGUUGCGGGUCGCGGCGCUCGAGCGCGGGCGGGUCGGAGCCGCAGCACGUGGCGCCCGACCGCGAGCGCUUCGCCCGGGACACCAGCCACUUCUGGUACAAGCCCAACAUCUCCCGGGACGACGCGGUAGCAGCGCUGCAGCAGCUCGAAGAGGGCUCAUUCAUCGUGCGCGACUCGAACUCGUUCCCGGGCGCGUUCGGUCUGGCCGUGCGCGCGGGCCCGGGCGGCGGCGUGCGGCACUUCCUCGUGGAGCCGGCGGCGCGCGGCGUGCGCCUGCGCGGCAGCCCCGACGAGCCCGUGUUCGGCUCGCUGUCCGCGCUCGUCUACCAGCACACCGUCACGCCGCUCGCGCUGCCCGUGCCGCUGCGGCUGCCUGACAGGGAUCCAUGGAGCGGCGGCACCGCGAACGCGGCGGCCCGGGCCCUACUAGCGACAGGGGCGGCGUGCCACGUACUGCUGCUCGGCUCGGAGAACACCGAGGCGCUCACCGGCCCCGCCGCCGUCAAGCGAGCCGUCACCAACAUUAUACUGAAGAAGGGAGGAGCGCACGUGGUACACUUCAAGGUGUUCGGCGGCGGCAUCACGUUAACCGACUCGGCGCGGAAACUGUUCUUCAGGCGGCACUAUCCCGCCGCCAACGUGUCGUAUGCCGGCCUGGACCCGGACGAGCGACGCUACGCACACGUCGACAACGGCAUCAAGAAUGAAAAACGCAUUUUCGCGUUCGUGGCGCGCGCAGCGACGGGCUCCGACAACCAGUGCCACGUGUUCGCCGAGCUGGAGCCCGAGCAGCCCGCCACCGCUAUCGUCAACUUCGUCAACAAGGCAUUACUCGGAAACUCGCAGAAAAAGGACAUAAUAUAAGGGUCUCUAACAUCAACUGAUGAGUAUAAGUAAUGGAAUAUUCAUAGGAUGUGUUAUGCACUAACAGCGAUCUACGAGACCCCAGCUACUUUGUGGCAACACAUACAGAGUGUAUAAUCUAAAUGGACCAAUAUUUGGAUGUUUCACUCUGUAAAGUUGGGAAGCAUUAUUGUCCGUGUAAACACUGACUAUAUUAACUACAUUUGUGAGAUGUUUCACAAAUUGAACUUGGUCACUAUGAACUUUAAUUCAUUUACUAGUACAUAAAUGAACUCAUUUCAAAGAUUUUAUUUUUAAUACGCUUCGUAUUCACCAAGUACAAUUAACCAACCCUUUCGUUAGUUUUAAGCUAAAUUAAUAUAAAUGUUAUAUUAAUACUGUAGCAUAGAGAAGAAACUAACUAGUCUCAUAUAUUAAUUUAAUAUAUAAUGUAGUGAUAUCGAGCGUGCCUAUAUAAUGUUUAAAACGUCUACAUUGUCAAUGUGUAAUUAUGAGUUAAGGAUAAGAGUCCAUAAUUUGUUAUAAAAAUGUGAUGCAAUUUUGUCAUCUAUCUGCUCCAUUUGACAUAAAAUUAAACGUUCUAAUAUUAUAACACAUAACAGAUCUAGUAUCUAAGUAUCUAUCAAAUUAUUGAGAUAUUAUAACGAAAAAGCAUAAUGCCUAAUGGGCAUAAUCAGAAUCAUAUUAAUUUCUGCGUAUUAACAUUAUGUAGAUAUGUAUAUGUAUAGUGUGGUAUAGUUUAAUAAAAUAGCAUACCCAUAGACUCAAACUCAAUCAAAUUCUUAACCAUCUUUAGUGCUAUUAUAUUACAAGUACCUACCUAAUACAGACCCUGUAAUGACACAACAAGUUAAUCUUUAUUUAUAUGUAACAUGCCUACAUACAUAUGUUAAGCAUUAUUGUUUUUGUUAUGUGUUGUUGAAUUAGGACAGUUAAUUUUAUACGUUUUAAUGUAGACCCGAUGAUAUGUUAUGACAUAAAUCUCCAUCAAUUAAUUUCAUGAAAUUAUAUUUGCUAUGCGCAUUCAAUGGAUAUUUAGAAACGCGGGUCGUGAGAAAAGAGAGUGUAGAGAAGAACCUUAAUCAAAAAAUUCUAGAUCUAGAUAGAAAAUAAAUAAAUGCGACAGAACAAUAAUUCUCUAAUCAAUAAUGAAAGUCUUUCGUAGUGUAGUGGGUAACUCGAGAACCUAUAAAUGAAAUGACUACAUACAUGAGAAUCUAGUAAUCAUACAACGAAUAAUGUGAGUACAAGAAUGCUUAAAACGACUCAAUAAUUAUGUAAUAAAUAACCUGUAAAAAUGUUAACUUAAGAUGAAUACAGAACUUAAGAUGAUACAAAUAUUACAGCUUUGAAAAUCCUAAAUAAAACAUUUAAUAUUUAUUAGCACAGUAAUUACAACUACUGCACUGAUUCAUUCAAGAAACCCUAAAGUAAUUGGUACAAAUUAUUUAAUAAUUUGUCUAUAAUAGCACUACAAACUAUAAAAACCAUAGUCGCAAUUCGUCAGUAGUAGUAGCCAAGUACAUCUAUAGCAAUAUAUCUAAGAUGGGUUACAAUCUGUGUUUGAGAUAUUGCAUAUUAAUUUUUAAUACAGUUGCUCAAAAAGUGCUACUUUACGUAGCUGUUUAGCGUGCGGAAAGUUGGUUAUCUCGAACUAGUGCUUUUUACUUUUCCAAUUUUUUUAAAUUUAUACUUGUUCCAAUUCACGACUACUUAUUGAUGAGUGUUAAUAUUAGUUUCCUUUAAACGUCGUAAUCAGCAUAAAAACCUACUGUUAAUGUAAGAAUACGAAAAAUAUUACAUAUUUCAUAUUUAAUUACUUACCUCUUCAUCAUUAUAACACGUUUAUUUUUUAAUAUUCAAUAUUGAAAAUUCCGUUCUUAAUAAGUUGACUGAAUGGAACGGAAUAGCUGCCAAACGCCCAUAGAUAUAAUAUACUUAAAGACGACGUCUAACCGAGCUGUCACUGUUACCACUUUUGUUUAGUGUACGAUUAACAAUGUUUUUCUUAUUUUUUCGCAACUGUAUUAAAAAACGUCGUUCGAUACACGUGCGGAAAUGUCAUUCUUCACUCGUCCCGAGUCUUGCCACUCGCCUGCGGCUCGUGGCAAGAUAUCUCGGUACUCGUGAAGUAAUGACAUACCUUCCGCACUAGCAUCGAAAUGUACUAUUAUUAUUAAAGAGUAGGUACAAUUAUGUACAGUUGACGUUAAAGAUAUGUUUACACUUUAGCACCUUACUACUUUGUAAUAAGGCGAAAAAUGUAAACAAUCUUUGACGCUAACUAUACCAUAUUAUACAACCCGUAAUCAAUAUUUGACGCCAUAGAUUUGCCUUAUAAGAGUACACCAGUGAUUAAAUAAGAAUUAUAUUUUAAUUCUGUAAUGAUAUCCAGCUAAGAUAUUAAUGUUAAAUGUAACACGUCUAUUGUAAUAAAUAACUGUUGUAAAAUGUAUUUAUUGGUUAUAAUACAUUAUUUGAAAUAAA